UUUUUUGUUUAACUCCGAGAUAAUAUUUUAAGUCGCAGUUUGUGGAGAUUUCUAAAGUAGGUCACUGUCUGGGAUCGGCUGGAGCGCGCUCCCGCGGGCUGUGCGCGGCCGCGGCUGAAGGACAGAAACAACCGAGUUUAUCCUCACAUGUGAUCGUCGGAGGAUCCCGGCAGAGAUGAGCUGCAGGCUCCGCCUCCUAGCGUCCCGCGGCGCCCUCCAGCGCCGGCGCUGGUUCUGCUCGGCUGCACCCAUCAGCCGGAGCCUGCAGCAGAGCUACCGGGUCCUGGAGCUGCCCGGCGAGGGCCGCAGCAGCCCCGCCCAGGUGAAGGAGGCCUACCUGCGCCUGGCCAAGAUCUACCACCCCGACUCCGGCGCCGCCACGGCCGACCCGGCGCUGUUCGCCCGCGUGGAGGAGGCCUACCGCGCGGUGCUGGCCCACCAAAGCCGGGUCAGGGGGCCCGGCUCGGGUGAGGAGGACGAGGGCGGGGACGGGAAGUCCAGGGGCGCCGCCCUUCAGCACAGGCAAUACCUCAGCUACGAGGGCGUGGGCUCCGGCACGCCCAGCCAGCGCGAGCGGCAGUACCGGCAGGUCCGGGUGGACCGGGCCUCCGAACAGGUCCUGGACUACCGGCAGCGGGAGCACGAGAGGGCGGCGGCGGGGGACGGCGCGCUGAUGGAGCGCGACGUGCGGCAGCGCAGCCGCAAGAUCAAGAUCACGCAGGCGGUGGAGCGGCUGGUGGAGGACCUGAUCCAGGAGUCCAUGGCCCGCGGAGACUUCCGGAACCUGAGCGGGGCGGGGAAGCCCCUCGACAAGUUCCACCACAACCCGUACGCCGACCCCAUGACCCACAACCUCAACCGCAUCCUCAUCGACAACGGCUACCAGCCGCCCUGGGUCGUCACGCAGCGCGACAUCCGCGAGGGCCUCGCCCAGCUCCGGCGCCGGCUGCUGGAGGGCCGGGCCCGGCUGGGCGACCCCAUGAGCCCGGACGAGCAGAGGCAGUGGGAGGCGCUGUGCGGCUCAGUCCAGGAGGACCUGCGGAAGCUCAACCGGACGGUGGACGGCUACAACCUCAUUGCCCCGAUGCUGAAGAUGCAGAUGGUCCACUUCUCUCUGGCCCGCGAGGUGGAGCGGGCCGAGAGGGGCGCCGAGCAGCGCCGGGCCGAGCAGCGCCGGGAGAGGCAGGAGGACCGCCAGCGGAGGAUGGAGGAGAAGAAACGAGCCCUCGCCGCAAACAAGACCCGCACCGGCAAGCGAGGACUCGUGUCGUGGGUGCAGAGUCUGCUCGGACAUUAGAACCGGUACCCGACCCGGGUCCGGUUGCGUCGGGUUCCCAGGACCUGGACCGGGGGGAAACUUUCCUCCGUCCACAUCUGGGCCGUUUUUGGUGGAGAAAUGUGGGUGACGUCUAGAGAUGCACCGAUCAGGAUUUCGAGGGCCGAUCACCGAUUACAGCGCGAAAUCCAUAAAUUCGUCAAUAUUGUUGUGUCAUGUACAACACUGAAUUGUCUGUUUUAUUGCAGGCUGAGGCAAUGGGCAAUAUUUCACCCUCUAGCGACUCUUAGAGACGACUCAGACUUGGUUUACAAAGAGUAAGUGUAGCUUAUUAGCUUCAGCCUCCUGUGGUAAUAAUUAUGUACAACAUGUUCACCAACACACACAGCAGACAUGUCACUCUCUAAAAGUUGAUACAAGUUGUUAACUAUAAGCCUUAGUUUUCCUGUGGAAAAAGGAAUUAAAUCUUAAAAUAAAAAUUAAUCAUGAAUUAUCAAGCUUUGUGAAAGCUUUAGCGAUAGCAUCCGCCGCGUGUGAGGAAACUUUUCACACUAGAACUCCAAAUGUCCCUCGUGAAGCGACUGACACGGCCGUCGUCCUGCGUAAGACUUUGGAUGUGACUGGGUAUAUUCUGGUGUGACUCCAUUUAUUAGUGAAAUAUUUACUACUCGGCUGCGGGUACUGCGGAUCCAAGCAGCUAACGAGUCGUUUAAACCCGAUGUCUUCUACAACAGAAAGCAGCUGAUGAGCAAAGUAAUGAAUCCAUUACCUGACGAUGUCGACUUUGGCAACUCAAUAUCCUCCUUGGUGUGAGAGACUUUCAAAUGUCUUAUCAGCUUCGUUGUGUUGAAAUUCUUUUAUAACAUUCCUCCUCGGGGUAUCUCCUUUGGACCUUUCCAAACUGCAAAUUUGUUGUCCUAUUCGGACAUUGUAAAACUCCCAUACCGGCGAGGCCAUUUUCAGUGUUGAUGUUUUGUAGAGACGGCGGUUUGUUGUUGUAAACGUCAUCGGAUCGGCCUGAUUUGAACUAUUAUUUUCCGAUCUCCGAUCAAAACCGAUAAGGACGUUAUCGGGCCGAUACCGAUCGGUUGCCGAUCGAUCGGUGCAUCUCUAGUGACGUCACCCUGAGGUUGUCCAGUUCUUCUUACACGGUUUGGGUUUCACGGCAGCAAAAGUUUCAAAAUAAAAGCGGAUCUGCGUGAACAGAACCCCAGAGGUCGGAGCCUCGACACGGAACCAGGUCGACCCCAGGGCAGGAAGUUGCUUGCUCAUGAACGCCCGGGAAAAGAACCAGAACCUCUGACCCGGGACGCCCCAAAAAGACGGGUUCCUGAACCGAAUCACGCCAGAGUCCAAAGAUUAUUAUUAUUAUUAUUUUAUUUAUUCAGUAUGAGCCGACUUGUUCAGCGGCUCGUUUGUAUGAAACGUUGAAACAGUCAAAAUUAAAUAAAUAAUUAAUUAAAUCAUUGAAUAAAUGUACAAUGAAAUAAAUACAAUUGGAAAUACAUAAAUAUAUAAUUUAUUUAACAUACAAUUAAAUAAUUAAAUGUAUUAUUAAAUAAUUAAAUCGUUAGUCGAAGUUGUUUAAAUAAAUGUAUGAUGUCAGCCAAUGCAGGAACCAUGAAAUAAUUAAAUAUGUAAAUAAAUAAUGAAAUAUACAUCCAAUGAAAUAUUUAACAUUUAUUUAUGCAAUUGUAUAUUAAAUAAAUUAUAUACUUAAGUUUUUCCAAUUUUAUUUAUUUCAUUGUACAUUUAUUUAAUGAUGAAUUCAUUAAUUAUUUAUCUAAUUUUGACUGUUUCAGCAUUCCAUACGUUUGCACACAGUGUGAUUUUAAAAGCAACACAUGAGAAUAAAACUACUAAAACUUUCAGAAUAAAGUUGUGAUGUU